AUGUCAGCAGAACAAGACCUACGCAAGGGCUGCCACGCUUACAUAGCGGGCACCCAUACUUCAUAUGGCUACGUUCCAUCCACUGCUGCAGGAAUUGUCUUUUGUAUCUUGUUCGGCCUCUCUACCAUUAUACACCUAAUUCAACUUGGUCGAUCUAGAACCUGGUGGUGCAGCGUCUUUGUCAUUGGUGGACUGGUCGAAAUCAUCGGCUGGGCGGGCCGAGCUUGGUCCUCUCAAUGCCCUUACAACUCGACUGCGUUUCUUAUGCAGAUCUCGACACUGAUCAUCGCCCCCGUCUUCUUCACUGCUGGUGUCUAUAUCAUCCUUGGUCGCUUGAUUCAAGUUUUCGGUCGCGACUGCUCCAUCCUUCGACCGAGUCUAUAUCUUUGGAUAUUUUGUACUUGCGACACGAUUUCCCUGGUCGUCCAGGCAAUCGGUGGUGGUAUGGCCUCAGUAGAAGUGAACAAAGUCAACGGCAACACAGAUCCAGGUACGAACACCAUGGUCGCAGGAAUAGUCUUUCAAUUGGCUUCCAUGAGCGUCUUUGUUGCUCUUGCAAUCGACUUUCUGGUUCGGUCCACUAGACGAGGCAUGUUGAAAUCCGGAAAGCAAUCUUCCAUUCCUAUACUAAGUGCCAUGACGCUGUCAUUGUUAUGCAUCUAUCUGAGGAGCAUAUACCGCACUAUAGAGCUUGUGCAGGGUUGGACGGGACACCUUAUUACGCAUGAGCAGUACUUUAUCGGGCUUGAUGGGGCCAUGAUGGUAAUCGCCGUUGGGAUCUUCAACUUUAUUCAUCCCGCAAGUUUCUUACCUCGAUCAUCCACAGAGGAUACAGGGGAGUGGCUGGAGAUAACACCGAGAUCCAAGACAAGGAAAUAA